AUGGCGGUCUCAGGAGCCAUUGUUUAUCUGCCUCCUUCGAAGUGUGGGUCCCGGGAUCAGGAGGUCGCUGGUGACAACAAGGCCAAGCCCAUCAUUAAGUUCGAAAACAGCCAGCUGACAGUCGUGCCGGGAGAUGCGCUGGAGCCGAUCGACGUUGGCAGUGAACUGAAAUGCCUGUGGGCUUUGCAAAGACGAGGGAUAGCCUUCGACCAGGCGGAGAUCCUCUCAUGGGACGUGCACGAAAGCCGGCUGCAGGUUCGCCAAAACCCAUGGAUGCAGCACUGCAGCGUUUGA